CAAAUGUUAUGUGCCACAAAACAUCAGUAACGUAAAGAACUCUUCAUUUCAUUUCUGGCAAGGAAAGAACAUAUAUUCAAAUUUAAGAAAUGUGGUAAAAUGGAGAAGUAUUUCCUUACUCUGCUUGUGACAUUGGAGCAGGAGACGGCUAUCAGAGAUUUGUUUUCAAACCAUAAAUGGGAGUUAAUCUUCUCAGAUGCGGAAAAAUGUUGGCAAAGACUUCAGGGUUGGGAAGAGAACUCUCAAUCAUACCCAGCAGCUCCUGUUGGUGUUACCUCCCCUGGAGAACUAGCCAGUGUUGCAGAAAAUGAAGAAAAGGUCUACCAUACACUUGAACAAGCAUACUUGGGAUCUGGAACAUCGCCGGAACAAACAAAUGUAGCAGAGGAUGACUGUAACAGUGGUGAGAUUUCUGCCGUCAAAACCAUGACACCCUUACAGAUAGACACAUGCUUGUCGACAUUGGAACACAAUACUGAGAACUAUGAUAAGAAGACUCCUAACUACAAUAUGGACACUGACACAGACGUCAAUGAUGACAUGUCAGACCAAAGUUUCAAGAGGGCAGCUUCAAAAAUAAGGUUAAAGACCUUUAAGUUUUCAAAGAAUGGCAAAAAGGCUGGGGUAAAAUUGAAAAAGAUUAAGAAUAGUAGGAAACUUAAAAGAGAAAAUGGAAUGAAAUAUUCCUGUCUUGAUUGUAGUAGAAAUUUUACAUCCAAGGGCCAUCUUGCAACACAUAAAGCAAUAAACAAUGGACUUUGUUACUUUCGGUGUCAGUAUUGUGAAAAAAUCUUCUACCGAAAGUAUAACUACCAGUGUCAUGUUCGCACCCAUACACAUGAACGUCCGUACAUUUGUGAACAUUGCGGUAGAGGUUAUGUCACUGCUCACAAGUUGAACUUACACAAGAGAGUGCAUACCGGCUACAAGCCGUGUGUAUGUGAACAGUGUGGAAGGGCGUUCCAUAACCUCAGCGCCCUCGCCAAGCACAGAGAGUACCACCACACCUGGAAGGAACAAAAUCUCAAGUUUACCUGCGAUAUAUGCAACACAAACUUCAGCAGCGAUGCUUAUUUAAAAUAUCAUAAGAAAGUCACGCAUUGCCUCACACGAGAAUUCCAGUGUAGCGAAUGCGAAAAAUUCUUUAAAGCCGAGGAACAUUUAAAAUACCACAUUAAGUUUACCCAUGCUGUGAAAGCUGUGUUUCGGUGUAACUUCUGUGACAAAACCUUUAAAUCACCGUCAUCGCUAAGAAAACAUGUCGAGCGACACAACACAACCAGGGAGAAAAAGUUUCAAUGCACGCACUGUGAUAAAUGCUUCUACGAGAAGUACAAGCUGGAACAGCACGAGAACAUUCACCUAGGCAGAAAACCCUUCCAGUGUGACAUGUGUGAAUAUAGCUGUGCAUUUUCUGGUAAUCUCUCCAAACAUAAGAAAAUACACCUUAAAAGUAAUCCAUAGGGUUUUUAUAUAUACAUGAAAUUGGGCUUUUUAUUAUAUACAAAUGCAGAAAUAAGGUCAGCCAUCCAUCAAAAAGAUAUGUUAGUGGAUUUUAGAUAUUAACAUCAAGAUCAAUUAUGUGUAUCAAUAUGGAAUACAAUUUUGAAUAUCACCAUAAUGAUGCCACUAUUUUGAUAAGAUAUAUUAAAGGGAGGUAAUAACAGCAACCUUAGACCAUUUUUUUUAAAGCUAAAUAUUCCUUAUACAUGAAUUCCAUUGGGAGCAGAUAAUUGAGACCUUUACAAGACAUUUUUUAACUAUCGAUAUGAAUAAACAAGUUAUGGCAUUUUAAAGUUGACAAUAUCUGGCGGCUUUUAUGAAUUUUUGCCCUGAUGAAAUCUUUCAGAAUGAUUCGCUUACUCCGAACUCAUUUUUCACCAUUUUUUCAUAACUUUUGUUGAAGCAAAGUUAUAUUGAUGAAACAUGGCAGUCUUGUGUAUUUUUUUCUUGUCUUUCCAUUUAUUCUACUUUACAAACUCAUUUGUUUUUUAAGAAAAGGCUUUGUAUUGAAACUA